CUGCAGGCUGUGCUCAGACCGGGCAGCGGUUCGUGUUGACUGGGAGAGUUUGUGGGAUUUAUCGGUUCGUCAGGAGACGCUCGGCUUCGCUCGGCUUCUCUCGGCUUCGUUCACACAUUUAAAGACAGAUCCUGGACAAAGAAGCUCGUUUGUCGUUUUCCCGCUGAUGAAAAGCAGGACGAGGUCAAAGGCCGAACACGUCACUGCAUCUGAAGCCAGGAGCCAUUAAACAGGUACAUAUGGGACAGGGGGAGGUUUCAGCGAGAGGCUCAGCCAUGGAGGGGGACUGCCUCAGCUGUAUGAAGUACCUGAUGUUCAUCUUCAACUUCUUCAUCUUUCUGGGUGGCUCCUUCCUGCUGGGUGUCGGUGUUUGGGUGCUGGUGGACCCGAUGGGCUUCAGGGAGAUUGUGGCGGCGAACCCCCUGCUGUUCACGGGGGUCUACGUCAUCCUGGCCAUGGGCAGCAUGCUGUUCCUGCUGGGCUUCCUGGGCUGCUGUGGAGCCAUCAGAGAGAACAAAUGUCUGCUGCUCUUUUUUUUCAUGCUCAUCCUCUUCAUCUUCCUGGCCGAGCUGGCAGCUGCCAUCCUGGCUUUCCUCUUCAGGGAGCAUUUAACCAGAGAGUAUUUCACCAGGGAGCUGAAACGUCACUACCAAGGUCACAACAACACCGACGUCUUCACCUCCACAUGGAACGCCAUCAUGACCACGUUUGAUUGCUGUGGCGUGAGUGGUCCCGAGGACUUCGAGGAGAGCCUCUUCAGGCUUCUCAACCCUAAUAAGAUGGUCCCCGAGGCCUGUUGCCAGAGGAACAGUUACCCCGGAGACAUCAGCAUGGAGCAGUGUGUGAGCGGCAGCGUGGCCUUCAGACACAACAAGGGCUGUUAUUCUGCGAUGGUGGACUACUUUGAGACGUACAUCUACGCAGCCGGAGCUCUGGCCAUCGUGGUGCUGACGAUUGAACUCUUCGCCAUGGUGUUCGCAAUGUGUUUGUUCAGAGGCAUCCAGUAACCACCACAUGCAGAGCCGUCGUCAUCAUCAGCCGUCAGGAAGGCACAAGCAGGAAAACAAAACUGUAAAAUAUAUGAAAUGUAUUUGUACAGUGAUAGUUUAUGUGUCUCAUUGGUUUCGUGGCAUCAUUUUGUACUUCACAGCAGCAGCAGGGCGUUCGAGGUUCUGCUUUGGGCACAGUAGACACACACAGGAAGUUAUCCAUGACCUGAGGCUGAGGUUUGGCACCAAGGUCUGCAGUGUGUACUCUAAAGUAAAGGGUUAACACCGGUGAUUCGAGGCUCUACAGAGAAAACACUGAGGGGCAAACUGAAUUAUAGAUGCUCCUCUCCACACAGAAGUCACUUCAGGACUGAUCUGUGUCCAGGAAACUGGCCCUAAAGCUGGAAACACACCACACGACUUAUAACCUGAUUCAUAACUUCAUCAUUUCACCGUGAUGAUUGAUUUUCAGGAUCACGGAACGUCCGCACAGUUCUGCACGAAACAGCGUCCGAACAGUCGGAGCAAUGUUUGCUUUUUCACAAACUGUGAAGGUGAUCGUUUAGUUUGAGCUGGUCAGCAGUGGAAAUCAGAUCUCAGCACACUGAGCAUCAUGCAAGAACAUUUCUGUCGUCUUAUCAUAAACCUCCCCUCACCUCUAACCCUCUGCGUCAUGUUUUUGUCCGUCCGUCCGUCCGUCCCAUUCCCGUGAGCGUGAAAUCUCAGGAACAUUCUGAGGGAGUUUCUUCAAAUUUGGACUCAAAGAUGAACUGAUAAGAUUUUGGAGGUCAAAGGUCAGAAGUCUGAAGAUGAUGUUACACAGGGCCACUGAUUAUACGGUGCUUAUUCUUCAGGUCAUUCAUGACUCAUCAGACAUAAAGUGACAGGAGUCUCUCACCCGUUUAUUAAAACCUCAGAAUAUUAGGGCUUCUGACAUAUUGUUUUAUUUUCUAAAUAUUACAACAUUAUUCUGGAAGUAUUGAAAUUAUUUUAUUUUUCAAAAUACUAUGACUUUUAUCAUUUUUUUUUUUACAUAAUAAUCGCAAAAUAUAAUUCAUUUUUUUCUGACUUUCUUCUUGUAAAAAUAUUCUGUGAAAAUACGGUACUAACAUUUUUGCCAGUUUACUCUGCACAUCACACUGACACGGCGAGCAGAAUGUCAGUUUUACAUUUAACACUUUUUAUUUAUUUAUUUAUUUAUUUUUUAUUUUAGAUUUUUUUUUUUUUUAAGUAUAUUUAUUUGUUCUUGUGACCACGCGUGAGUUCAGGUCUUUGCCAAGAGAAAAUUCUGGUCAUGAGAAAACUGGCGAGUGUGACGACUUCUUUCAAAUCCAUCAAUCGCGCCACGGAAGAGAGAAUCUGAUCCUACAGCUGGUUCUUGCAUGAAGCUCAUUGUCUUAAACACAAGUCACUAAACACGAAGCAUAAUCUUUUCACAGCAGUUAGGAUUUUUGAAAACUGGAUUGUAUGUUUACAAAAGUUUGUACAUUCACGUAGAGCUCUGUGUAAAGUAAAGUAGUAUUUAAGUUUGUCAGGGAGCUCCUGUAAAUUCAUGAAAAUGUGUGCAAGUGUGUGUGAGAGUGCGUGUGUGUGUAUCUGUAAAUAAUCUUCAGUAGGACAGUUUGUGUUUUGCUUUGUGCACAGUGUAAUAAUGUUCAUUUUGUCAGUGGUGAUAAAAAUGGAAACUCAGCUAAAAUAAAAUUGUUUGUGUAUUUGAAAACUGUUGAUUUGU